CGUCGCAAACUCCAGGCAGAUGUUGGUGGUUUUAGCCACAGCCGAAGGAUGGUCCUCCCUGACCUCUCUGCUGCAGAACAGUUCUGGAGACAACGGGUUCCAGAUGACUCUGAGGUCUCUGGGACCUGAAGCAGUCUGUGACCUGAGCGUGGAGGACCGCUCCAUCAGUUUGCAUCGCGCAGACCUGAAAGAGGACAUGUCCCACACCAUCAGCGACUCCUCGCAGUCCUGCAGAGGAGGAACCGACGCCUUCCUCCUGCUGGUCCACGGUGGACUCUACACAGAAAAGGAACAAAGGCUGGUGGAGAUCCUGCAGGCUCACUUUGGAGCCGAAGCUCUGAAGCAUCUGGUGAUUCUGUCGGUGGAAGACGGGAAAGUGGCGGACACGCUGGACGACGCUCUGGUGGACCUGAUAAACGUGUGCGAGGGCAGGUACUGUCGCAUCAGGAGGUGGGCUGCAGGGGGCGGGCUGCAGGCGCUGCAGGAGAUGGUGAAGAACGUGGUCGCUGAGAAGAACUCAGCCGGCUACACCGAGGCCACGCUGGCCCGGUCCAACAGGAGCUGCACCGAGGACCUGGCCAUGAACAUGCUGCGCAGGAAGCUGCAGGAGGCCGAGGAGAAGAGGCGGGCCUUCAUGGAGGAGGUCCAGAAACAGGAAGAGAGAAGAGCCAGAGAGACGGAGGAGCUGAGAGCCCAACACCAGGAGGAGAGGAGGAAGGAAGCAGCCGAAGAAAAACAACAUAAGGAGAACAGGGAGAAUCUUCAUGAAGCUGUGAGCAGCCACAGGUGCAUGCUGCAGCUGCAGAGGACAGCUCCUGAAGAUGAUGAAACCCAGAGGAUCUCUGUGGUUUUGUUGGGUCUGACUGGCAGCGGGAAGUCCUCAGCCCUGAAUCUAAUCCUGAACCGAGGCAGGAACCAGUACUGGUCCCAGGACCCGGGUCAGGACCCGGUUCCUCCAACAGUGACCUGUGAGAGGAAGGAGAUGUCUGCUGGAGGGAAGAGGCUGAUCCUGGUGGACACUCCGGAGCUGUGGGACGAAGACGGGGUGGAGGACCUGGAUCUGGUCAAAGACUGCCUGGCCCUGGCCUUGCCUGGACCCCACGUGUUCCUGCUGGUGCUCCAGGUGGGUCGCUUCACCCAGGUGGAGAGCGAGAUCCUGGGACACCUGCAGAGGGUCUUCGGGCGAGAGGUGGCGGAGCACGCCAUCAUCCUGUUUGUUCGCUUCGACGGGAACCAGUCUGAGCCUCAGAGGAUCGACCAGUACGUGUCCGGAUCCCACCCCAGCCUGCAGGACCUGGUCAGGAGGUGCGGGAGCCGGUACUUCGAGCUGAACCUCAGCAGGUCCCGCAGUCCUCUGAGCUACGCUCAGGUGAAGGAGCUGCUCUCAGGAAUCCACAAACUGGUGGCCUCGCACGGAGACCGCCGCUUCGCCGUGAGGAGGUUCUCUGCUCAGGAGCUUCAGGACAGAACGAAGGUCCUGGCAGAGAGGAGGGCCGGAGCGCAGGAGGAGAACUGCUUACUGACACACGAGUGACCUCACAAACACAGAGGAUCUGGUCCUGGCCGCCCUCGAAAAACAGAUCUGAGGUCUCAGUGGGACUCGCCUGGUAAAAUAACAGUAAAUAAAUAAAUAAGAUCUGCUUCAGGUUUGAUUUAAACUGAAGGAAGAAAUAAACAGUUUCUGUUUUUUUGCUUUCAAA